UCAUAAAAACGUGGGUAGGCAAUGAUUAUUUAAGUCAUGACCAGCUGAAGUUCCUUAUCUUGGAAUAUUCUGGAUACUCUGAUUUCCAAAACUACAUUUAAGUGAAGAAAUAUUGCCACCAAUCUAUUUUAUUCUACAUUCUUUGAACAGGGCUUGUAUGUGAGAUGUGUAUCGCACAGUGCUCCAGAUGUGUGGGAACAGCUCUGAUUCCCAUGGCAGUCGUGUGCAUGGUGGCAAAUGUGCUGCUGUUAUUUCCUGACCUGAAGUAUCGAUACUUGAGCGAACAUCAUGUAACCAAAGAGGCUGUGUUGUGUUCUGGUAUAUGGGCAUCUGGUUUUUUGGUGCUUGUGGCUGUUCGAGGAUUUGCAUCACACUCGGAUCAGAAGGGAUGUUGUUACUUUAGAACUCAGAUGUUGUGUAAGUUUGGGUACACAUGCUUGGCUCUGGUGGCAGCCGGGUUUUGUUUCAUGGUCAGUGGCACUGGUUUGGCUCUUGGACCUCUCUGCCUGCACAAUGGAACUAAGGGCCUAAAGUGGGAACGACCAUUAAAACAAGUUAAACAUGGAGAUACCGUUUACCUAUAUGAACCGGAGAGAUGGGCAUCAGCGUGUGAGGAACCUCGAGGUGUCGUCACCUGGAAUGUCAUUCUUUUUUCGGUUUUAAUGGCAGCAAGUGGACUUCAGCUCAUCUUCUGUGCUAUUCAUCUCCUCACUGCAAUUUUAGGUGUCCUUUGUGGACCAAACUGCUGCAAAAACAAGGUUGUUCCUGCUUGAGGAGACUAGAGGAAAGGUUAAGAUGAUCUGUAUUUUCCUCUGUAUGAGCAUGAUUGUUUCAUCUAUUUAAAAAAUAUAGAAAUUAGUCUUUGAAAAUUGUCCUGUAGUUGACCUUGAUUUGUCAUUUUAGUUCUCAUUAAAUAAGCUGUUUAUUAUGUACUGUAUUAUGAUACAUACAUAGAGAUUAUGCACUGUAUGUGUGCAUUAAUUGUAGCUCUUCCAUCUGUCUUACAUAUUUAAAUAUAAAUAGCUUUACUUUUUUCUUGUUUUAUUUCUACUGUAUUAUAGUAUGACUAUGAGUAUGAACACACAAUUGACAUUUACUAAAUAUUGCAUCAUAUCAUAAGUAAAAUUGUACAGUAGAUUUAUAUAUAUUUAUUCUAUGUUAAUUUAUUUCUGUUAUAAUUUAUAAGUACAAAACUACACAACAAUAUCGGUAUGAUAAAAUUUCAGUAUUUGUUAACAUUGUUUGCCUUAGCUGACAUGAAACAACAACAAGCAGUAUAGUUUUUCAGAAUGUAUUAAUCUUUGAUAAUGUUAUUUAAUGCCAAUGUAAUUGUCAUGUUAGUUUAUUAUGCUUUACCUCAUGUUAAAAGUUAGAACUAUUAAUUAGAAAUGUUAUUAGUAAAUGCUGAAAUUAACAAGAACUCACUCAAUUAGUAAAUGCUGUAUAAGUAUUGUUCAUUGUAAGUUCAUGUGCAAUAAUAUUAUACAAAUACAACCUUAUAAAGUGUUACUGUUUUUUCUUUAUAAAUGUAUUAUUUUACUUAAUGAUUGUAAAUUCCGGUGUUGCAUGUGCUAGUGGUUUAAUCGUCACUACACAUUGGUAUAAAUACUAAACUGCUGUAA